AUGGUGGUGAACGGUGGGAAUGGAGUAGGUGGUGUAGAUGGAAAUGUUGGGAUGCAGCAGCAACAGCAGCAGCAGCAACAACAACAGGCGAAUGUCAUCAAUCGGCCCCCAGGAACUGAAUAUACCUUGCAAGGUGUGAUGAGAUUCUUACAGUCCGAAUGGCAUCGUCACGAACGCGAACGAAACUCGUGGGAUAUCGAGAAGCAGGAGAUGAAGGCGCGCAUUGCACAGCUAGAGGGAAAGUUGAAACGAGGAGAUGCAACACAAAACGCCUCGAAGAAAUACAUCACGAUUCUUCAGCGGAAAAUCAAGGAGCAGUCUGCCCAGCUUGCCGGUCAAGGCAAAUGGGACCCGGCUCACGAAAUUGCCGUUGACAAGGAGACUCGCUCCGCCAUGUUGCAGGAUAAGCUUACUUCGAAGGAACAUGUCGAGGGUGGAGUGUCCAUCCCUAUCGGAAAGCCAGAGGAGGAUGAGUCCUCACGAAAGGAUCUCAAAUCCUUCCUUGACUCAUGCGCAAACGAAUUUACGUACUUAAUGAUGACCCCUGCGAAUCCGCUACCGCCACGAGAAUCCCCCCCUCUCCCUUCCUUCGACGAGGCACGCGCUGAAGCUGAAGGCUUCAACAUAUCGGCAGCGCAACAGCUGGAACAGGCUUACGCGGCACAGGCUCGACAGGGCCCGAACCACGUCUCUGUCUCCGGUCCUCCCACCACCUCCAACUUCCAGAGCCGUAACGCUGAACCUCAAUUGCAGCCCCUGACACGAGCAGGAGGCGAGCCUCAACAGCCAUCCCUGUUUGCUGGAGGGUCAGAGUGGCCGGCUCCUUCUAAUCGCACUACCAAUGAAAACCAGAAUGCGCCGAACCACGUCAACGAGAGCUUCGGAUCUGGGCAACCUACCGGCCUGGUCGGUGACAGGAAGUCAGGCGGAGACUCUGACGGAUGGGACUUUUCCGAUAUGGGACCACCUGCAGCGCCUCAGCAGCCCGCUUCGAACCGGCCCGACACCGAUGUGUUUCCCUCGGCGGAUACGAUGCCGAAGUCGCCCGGCCGAUUCGCCAACUCUCACCGACGCAAGAGCUCUUCGUCUCGGCGGAGAAGUCUUGAUAACGAGCUGUCUCUGAAUGCUGCCAACCAGCAGGUCGAGGCCGGCAACUUUAAAUGGAGGUUUGGUCUUCGAGGCCAUCUCGAUACAGUUCGUAGCGUGAUCUUCUCAGGAGGCGGUAGUCCCGCCGAACCUGAAAUUUGUACGGCUGGAGAUGACGGUAUGAUCAAGCGGUUCCACAUCCCCCGCCUUGAUAGCAUAGGCGGACAUUCCAACACCGUGUCUGAUCUUGAUAUAACGGCCAACUUCACUCACCGUGGUCAUGCCGGAGCAGUUCUCUGCCUGGCAGCCUGGAGUCCAUCGCCUAACUUCGUGACUGGUGGACGUGCGCAAGGAGAUGGUUGGAUCUUCUCCGGUGGGCAAGACUCAACUAUUCGAGUGUGGGAGCGAGGCCGCGUCGAUCCCAAGGCAACAUUGGAAGGACACGCCGACGCUGUCUGGGCGCUUUGCGUUCUCCCAGGCACGCUUUACUCUGUUUACGGACCGGCGAAGGGCAGUUCGAUUGGAAACACAGACAGGAUUCUCUUAGCCUCUGGCUCAGCGGACGGCACGGUGAAACUCUGGGCGAUAAGUACACCUCCGCGUCUAGGGUCUCCUCAGCCAGGACCUGCACCCCGGAGACCGCCCGGCUCUGGACGGGCGUCCGUCGCGUCCAACUCGCCCUUCCAUCACACGCUUCUUCAUACGAUUACGCGGGCCGACGGAUCAACUGCAAGCCCUACAUGUAUUACGCCCCUCAGCGGCAAUGGUGAGUCCUUUGUGGUCUCGUACUCGGACGCCGUCAUAUUAGUAUAUGACACCAAGCUUGGUGAGCCAAUUGGCAGUCUCGCUAGUCUUGAGACUUACGACGGCACAAUGGCCACGAGCGUGAACGCCGUGGUGGCAACUACGGCUGGCCUAGAUCAGCAGCAGCACGGCGGAGGACUCACGGACGACGAGGGCGCGAGUGCGGGACCUACGGGAGGCAAGUCUAUGUCUGGAACAGGAGUGGAAGGCUUGAUUAUCUCCGGACACGAGGAUCGGUUCGUUCGAUUCUUUGAUGCCAAUAGUGGCCAAUGUGCGUACAGCAUGUGGGCACAUCCGGCAGCAAUAUCGAGCCUGUCCCUCAGCCCUGACGGACGGGAGCUUGUGACUUCGGGCCACGAUGCCUCGCUGCGAUUCUGGAGUCUGGAGAAGCGAUCUUGCACGCAAGAAAUCACGAACCACCGCAUCAUGCGCGGCGAAGGUGUAUGCUCGGUUGUGUGGAGCCAGGAUGGCAAGUGGGUUGUUAGCGGAGGCGGAGAUGGUGUGGUGAAGGUGUUUGCUCGGCAGUAA